AUGAAGACGCUCCUGAACGCAGCAGCAGCAGCUGCUGCUGCUGCGCUGCUGCUGCUGGCUUCCCCCGCGCCUGCUGCUGCUGCUGCAGCACCAGACUGCCCCCUCUGCCAGCUGCGUAGGCUCGAUGGUGCUCGCCCGCAUCCUGCCCAUGGCGCUGCGAACGAGCAGCUGCGGCUGCUGCAGCAGCAGCAGCAGCAGCAGCAGCAGGUGUUGCAGCAGCUGCAGCACCAGGGAACCACAAACCCAAAUGCUCUAAGCAGGAAUUUGCAGCAGCAGCAGCAGCCGCAGCAGCAAGCUGCUCCAAAGGCUAUGACUCUAGCGGACUUUCAGAUGAUGCAAAGGGAAAAGCAGCAGCAGCGCCUGCAGCAGCAGCAGCAGCAGCAACAGCAGCAGCAGAGGCCCAAGGCCAUAACUUUAGCAGACUUUCACAAGAUGCAGCAGGAGAGGCAGGCCCAGAAGCAACUGCAGCAACAGCAGCAGCAGCAGCAACAGCAGCAGCAGCAGCAACAGCAACAGCCAGAACGACCGGUUAAAACGAUGACCCUUCAGGAGUUCCAGAAGCAGCAUAGGCUAAGAGGACCACACAAUCAGCAGCAGCAGCAGCAGCAUCAGCACCACCAUCUGCCCAUGCCGCCUCACCAGUUUGCACCGCAGCAACAGCAGUAUCCGCAGCAGCAGCAGCAGCAGCCACCGAUGCUGCCGCCGCAGUACCCGCAGUAUCAGCCGCAGAAUAACUAUCCGCCGCAGCACCUGCCGCAGCAGCAAUUCCCUCAGCACCUGCCGCAGCAGCAAUUCCCUCAGCACCCGCAGCAGCAGCAGCAAUAUCAGCCUUACCCCUACCAGCAGCAGCCGCAGCAGCACCCGCAGAACCCGCUGCAGCAGCAGCAGUACCAGCCAUAUCCCCAGCAGCAGCAGCAGCAGCAGCGUCCGCAGCUCCCACACCAGCAGCCGAACUACUUCCAGGGCCCACAGCAGCAGCAGCAGCAGGAGAACUACCCGCAGGGCCCACAGCAGCAGCAACAGCAGCCGAACUACCCGCAGGGCCCACAGCAGCAGCAGCAGCAGCAGCAGCAGCCGAACUACCCGCAGGGCCCACAGCAGCAGCAGCAGCAGCCGAACUACCCGCAGGGCCCACAGCAGCAGCAACAGCAGCCGAACUACCCGCAGGGCUCACAGCAGCAGCAGCAGUACUACCAGGGACAGCAGCAACAGCCGGCUUUCCCGAUUCCGCAGCAGCAGUUUCCCCAGCAGCAGUUCCCACAGCAGUGGCGUCCGCAGCCGCAGCCAGGGCAACAGCAGCAGGAGCAACAGCAGCCCCCGCAGCAGCAGCCGCAACAGCAGCAGCAGCCACAGCAGCAGCAGCCGGGAAAGCAGGAGGAAGUGCUCCCGCUGCUGAACUUGCCCUCUUGGCUGCCCAGCUGGCUGCACCCCUCCAGCAGCAGCAGCAGCAGCAGCAGCAGCACAACCACAACCACAACCACAACCACCACCACCACCACCACCACCACUUCGAAGCCCCCAGCCAAGCCCCUCCUGAGUUUGAGUGUACCGACACUCCAGGACCUUUUCCUCUCCGUCAAGGGGCAGCAAACAACAACAACAACAACCCCACCCCAACCGCCUUCCCCCUCCUCUCCGCCGCCCCCAGCAGCAAGCAGCAGCAGCAGCAGCAGCAGCACCAGCGGCAGCGGCAGCGGCGGCAGCAGCAGCAGCAGCGGCCGCGGGCCUCUAGCGAACAUCUUCGGCAACCUUCCAACCCCUGCUUGGCUGCCGCUGCCCAGGAGCUCAGAUGCAGCAGCAGAACCAGCAGCAGCAGCAGAAGCAGCAGAAGCAGCGGAAGCAGCAGCAGCAGAAGCAGAGGUAGCAGAGGAAGAUGACGCAGCCGUGACGCUGCGACAGGCAGAAGCAGCAGAGCCGCAGCCGCAGCAGCAAGAGGAGCAGCAGCAGCAAGAGGCGCUGCAGCAGCAACUUGAAGCACACCACUACAGAGACUUGCUGCAGCAAAAGCCCAGCCCCAUUACAGGCAUUAGCGACCUCAUUGAAUCUAUUCCGCAGCAGCAGCAGCUAGAGCAGCAGCUAGAGCAGCAGAUGCCAGAGGAGCAGCAGCAGCAGGAGGCGUCGCAGCAGCCAGAGCAACAGCAGCCAGAGCAGCAGCAGCAGGAGGCGUCGCAGCAGCCAGAGCAACAGCAGCCAGAGCAGCAGCAACAGGAGCAAGAGGGGCAGCAACAGCAACAGCAGCCUGAGCAACAAAACGAGGCCGCGCAGCAACUGGAGGAGCAGCAGCAGCAGCAAGCCAGUGCAGCGGCUGCUGCUGCAGCGGAUACAGCCGCAGCAGAGGCACCUGCUGCAGCAGAGGCAGCAGGAGAGCCUGCCGCAGCUGAAGCAGCUGCAGCGGAGCCCGCUGCAGCAGCUGUAGCAGAGCCCGCUGCAGCAGAGGCAGCUGCAGAGCCCACUGCAGCGGAACCAGCUGCUGCAGAGGCUGCUGCGGCUGAGGCUGCUGAGCAGUAA